AUGGACGUGAACCUGACCCAUAACAGUGACUUUCGACUUAGAGGAUUUGACCAUCUCCUGGACUACAGAAUUUGCCUGUUUGUCUUCUUCCUCUUCACGUACGUUCUCACGCUCUCUGGGAACAUGGUAAUUGUUUUGGUGGUGCGGUGUCACGUCCACCUUCACACUCCCAUGUACUUCUUCAUCAUUAACCUCUCCAUACUGGAGAUGUGGUACAUCUCUACCACCGUUCCCAAGCUUCUGGAGUUAUUGGUAACCAACAACAAUUUAAUUUCAUUCCACUGGUGCUUCGCUCAACUCUAUAUGUUUCACGGCCUUGGAAUGACAGAGUGCGCCCUAUUGGCCAUCAUGGCCUUUGACCGACGGGUCGCAAUAUGUAACCCUCUCCGAUACACCACACUCAUGAAUGAAACAACGUGUAAGCAACUUGCGUCUCUUUGCUGGGCUUAUGGCUUCCUGGCCGCAAUUGUACCCAUGAUGACUACUCUAAAACUGCCUUUGUGUGGCCCCCGAGACAUCAAUCAUUACUUUUGUGACCUAGCUCCCCUGGCAAGCCUGUCUUGCGUAGAUACGUCCUUUAAUGACAUCAUCAAUAGCUGCGUCAUUGGCUUUGCCACCAUGUUUAACCUUGCGUUCAUCUUAGUCAUGUAUCUGAACAUCAUAUUUUCCGUCGUUAGGCUGAGGUCCAACAUGGGCAGAAAAAAAGCCUUCUCAACCUGCUCUUCCCACAUCACCGUGGUGGCACUCUUUUACAGCACCGCGUUCACUAUUUACGGCAUACCAAAACACGCGCACGCUGCGGACUACCAAAAAAUUGUGGCUCUUGUUUACGCCAUGUUCACCCCUUUACUCAAUCCAGUCAUUUAUAGUCUAAGGAAUAAAGAGGUUAAGGAAGCACUGGGAAGGAGCAUUAAAAGGGUGAUGGGAAAGAUCGGAAAUGGAAAAUUACUAUAA